CAAAUUUUGUUAUCACCCUUCAAGAAAAACAAAGAAAAAAACAAGAAAAAAAUAUUGAGGAAAAGAAAGUAAAACAUAGCACAGUUUGUGGGGGUGGCUGGUGGGGGCUCCACACUCCAGGAAAAACAAAGAAAGAGAAAGAAGAAGAAAAGAAAAGAAAAUCUCUGGUAAAUUUUGUAAAGAAAAAAGGAUUAAGAAGUCAAAAACUUGAAGGCCCCCCACUCAUGAGAGAGAGACCAAAGAUGGUGGAAGAGAUGGAAUUACUGCUCUGAGAUCAUCCUGUGAAAAAAGGGCAGUAAUAGAAAAAAAAAAUCUGGGUUUUUUUCUUUUUUUUUUUUGGUUUUGUUUGUUUCAAAUUCCACACUUUUUUACAUAUUUUUUCUGUGCUGCCUUUUUGAGUCUCUAUCAGAAACCUUCUCUCCACCAUCACCACCGCCCAACUAUCAAGAACGUACUUUCUUUUUAUACUUUUCAUUUAUUCAGAGAAAAUUCCAUUAUUACCACUUCAACAACAGUAUCGAAGAAGGAGAAAAAGUUUUGAUUUUGUGCACCCUUUAUGGUAAUUUCAACUUUUUCUUUAUUGCUUCGGAGACUUUUCUUGGAUUGCUUGCUCUCAACGUCAUUCUGUCGCCAACAUUUCUUCAUUUUCUUUUUGCAUUUUUUUUCAGCUUCUCUGGAGAUUGAAAGGAGAAGUUGAGUUUCUGUUUUUGAUAAUGCACAUGCAAUUGUCAAGAAAAACGGUGUUGUAAGAUCAAAUAAAAAAAGGGAAAAAUGAGAGACCCUGAUGUGAUCAUCACUAAAGGCGUUGAAUUUAUCUUUUUUUGUAAUAUAGUUUUGUAGUAAAAAAGUUGCAUUCUUUCACGUUUUCUUGUAAACCCAAAGGGAACGCAGGGAAAUUUUUUUCUCUUUUGUUGUUGUUGUUAUUGUUUCGGUUUGUAGAGGUGCAUUGUAUAAGGAAAACCUGGCGAUUCUGUAUAGCGUCCUCCGCCACUGCUGUAUUUGGCCUAUCAAGCAAUGGGGGUUGGAUGGAACCCAGUUGGAUUCGUUUUGUUAAGCUUCUUGUUCUUGAUUCCAAGUUUCAUGAUUCAAGAGUCUUUGGCUAUUAACUCUGAUGGUAAUUCCUUUUUCUGGUAUUUCUGUUUGUUUACUUUUUUUAACAAUGCUGUUCAAUUUAUUGUUUGUUUUCUUUUUUUACUUGUUUGUUUGAUUUUAAAUGAAUUUGGGGAUGCAGGUUUGGCUUUGUUAGAAUUUCGAGCGAGAAUUGAUUCUGAUCCUUGUGGUUUGUUUGCAAAUUGGAAUUCCAAUGACAGCACACCAUGCAUGUGGUUUGGGGUUCAUUGUGUUGACAGUAAAGUGCAAAUGCUGGAUUUGAGUGCUCUUUCAUUGGAAGGAACAUUGGCGCCCGAGCUAGGGAAAUUAAGCAACUUAAGAUCACUUGUGCUCUAUAAAAACCAUUUCUCUGGUGCCAUUCCAAAGGAGUUUGGAGAGCUUACAAGGCUGGAACUAUUGGAUUUGAGGGAAAAUAACUUGAGUGGAACAAUUCCGGCAGAGAUAGGCAAAAUGCUGUCUCUAAAACGCUUGUUACUUUAUGACAACAAAUUUGAGGGCGGAAUUCCUUCAGAUCUUGGGGGGCUAAACCUGCUCUCUGAACUGCAGUUUGAUGAAAAUCUUACAUUGAUAUUGGCUACUGGAAUUGGCUGUGUAAAUAGAAAGUUUGGACUUUGCACAUGGCAGAGCAGUUUGAAACAACUGAACAGAGGUGGAUCAUUAUUCAUUCCAAUUAAAAGAGCUCUUACACAUUACCUCAAUGCCUUGCCAUUGCCACAGUUCAAGUUGCAAAAAAACUCUCCGGUUGAGCAUCAAGACAGUUGCUGCAGUGAUGUGCCUGGUUCGUCUGAGCAACAAAUGGCCCAUGAUAUAAGGAAUCUUGUCCCUUUUGCACGUCGUAGGCUGCUUGAGCAGUCAAAGAACCUCCCAGCUGCACCUGCUCCCAAUGUGUCUUCCACUGAACAGAUCAUUUCUCUCCCAACUACCAGAAGUAGUGGGACUUUCCCCGCUGUGCCGAAGGGAACAAAGAAACAGUCUCUUGCACCACCACCACUGGUUGAUCCUCCCCUUCCAGGGACUAAUUCAAAGCCUGCUGGCCAGUCAUCCCAAUUCUCUAAUGCAGAGCCAACUGCUCAACAGCCUUCAGCUUCUGGAGAUUUAUGGAAAUAUCUCAUUUCCAUUCCCUGUGUGGUCAUCUUGCUUGCAGUUGUGGCCAUGGUUAUCAUAUGUAGGAGACGAGCAGUAAAAACCAUAGGUCCCUGGAAAACUGGACUAAGCGGACAGCUGCAGAAAGCUUUCGUUACAGGGGUGCCUAAGCUAAACCGAUCAGAACUGGAAACAGCUUGUGAGGAUUUUAGCAAUAUAAUUGACACAAUCGGUGGUUGUACAGUGUAUAAAGGGACACUUUCCAGCGGGGUUGAGAUUGCUGUUGCAUCUAUCAGCGUUUCAUCUUUAGAAGACUGGUCAAAGAACUCAGAGAUGGCCUAUCGGAGAAAGAUUGAUACAUUGUCACGAGUUAACCAUAAGAAUUUUGUCAACCUUAUUGGCUACUGUGAGGAGAAUGAACCUUUCAACAGGAUGAUGGUGUUUGAAUAUGCUCCAAAUGGAACACUUUUUGAGCAUCUGCAUGUUAAAGAAAUGGAACAUCUUGAUUGGAAUACAAGGAUGAGGAUCAUCAUGGGUGUAGCUUAUUGUCUUCAGUAUAUGCACCAUGAUCUGAAUCCUCCUGUAGCUCAUUCAAACCUAAGUUCAACUGCUAUCUUUCUAACAGAUGAUUAUGCUGCAAAGGUUUGGGAAAUUGCUAGUUCAGAGGCUGCACCCAAGUUGAAAACCUCAGGUGAUGGUGAAUCACAGCAUUCCGAAUUGCCACCUUUUGUUGAUCCAGAAGUGAAUGUCUACAGUUUUGGCAUAUUGUUACUUGAAACCAUUUCCGGAAAGCUUCCUUACUCAGAAGAGCAAGGGCCUCUUGAGAAAUGGGCCGGUCAAUAUUUGAAUGAUAAACGGAGCAUCAGCUACAUGAUUGAUCCUACCCUCAAAUCUUUCAAAAAUAAUGAGCUUGAUAUAAUCUGUGAGAUUAUACAAGAGUGCAUCCAAACAGAUCCAAGGCAAAGACCAACAAUGAAGGAUAUCACUUCCAAAUUGAGGCAAGGGAUUAAUAUGCCACCUGAGCAAGCUACCCCAAGGCUUUCCCCCUUGUGGUGGGCAGAACUUGAGAUUUUAUCAAUGGAGGCAGCCUAAUUUCUUUGUAACUCUCUUCUCUGUGUUGUAAGUCAAGUCUUUCUCUUAAUUUGUAUCAAAAUGGAAGGGAAUAGCA